UUUAUCGAUCAUCUUUCGGAGAAACCGUCACCAUGUCCGCAACCAAACCCCUCGCCGUGGAUUACUCAGUUUAUCUCGUCACAGGAAGGGAGCUACUACCGCCAGGCAAGGAUUAUCUCGAGUCGUUGGAAGAAUCGAUCAAAGGGGGCGUGACCCUCGUCCAGAUUCGCGAGAAGAAUGCGGACACGGGGGAGUUUUUGCGGAUCGCCCAGGCUUCCAAAGCGAUCUGCCACAAGUACAGUGUUCCGAUCCUCAUCAAUGACCGUAUCGACAUUGCCCUUGCCAUGGGCGCGGAUGGCGUGCAUAUCGGCCAGACGGAUAUGCCUGUGGACGUCGCCCGGAGGCUGCUCCCCGCGAACGCGAUCAUCGGCAUGACGUGCAACACGCUAGAGCACGUCAGAAAAGCAGUCCAAGACGGUGUAGACUACGUCGGCCUAGGACCUGUGUGGGCUACGCAGACUAAGAAGGUCGCUCAUCCGGUCGUCGGCGUUCGGGGCCUCGGAGAACUGCUCGACGUGCUCGAAGGAACCGAAGUCAAAGCCGUUGCUAUUGCUGGAAUCAAGUCAACGAAUGCGCUCCACUUACUGCACGGAUCUGUCACGCCUGCAGGACGAGCACUGGAUGGCGUAGCCGUUGUCAGCGACAUCGUCGCGUCUACGGACCCACUGACCGCUGCGAAGCGGAUCGCAACAAUCGUGCAAGCGUUCAAAGCGGCACCCGCCCCGACGUUCUCUCUGUCGUCUUCUUAUGCUGCAGAUGCAUUCACCAAAGGCGUAGGCGAACUGCUCUCCGCAGUCCGUAGCCACUCGCCAUUGGUCCAUCAGAUCACGAACAACGUAGUCACCACGCAGUCUGCCAACGCCACGCUUGCGCUCGGGGCGUCUCCCAUCAUGGCCACCGCGCCGGAGGAGAUGUCUGAUCUGAGCAGCGCGGCGGGUGCGCUUCUCGUGAACUUCGGCACGAUCCAAAACUUGGAUGGGAUGCUCGCCGCCGGUUACCACUACAACCAGGCCCGCAAGCCAGUCGUGUUCGACCCCGUAGGCGUGGGUGCGACGGCGUACCGCCGCACGUCCGCGGGCGCGCUACUCAAUGCGUGGCAACCAACGGUAAUCAAGGGAAACGCCGCUGAGCUGGGUGCGCUCGCGAACUCGACCGAAGUCCAAGCCAGGGGCGUCGACAGCGUCGGAUCGGGGUUCGCAGACCCGGCUGCCUUCGUGCGCAGCCUUGCGCGCAAAGAGCGUGCUAUCGUCGUGCUGACGGGGGUGACGGACUACGUUUCGGACGGGACCACGGUCGUCCGCCUGUCGAACGGACAUCCGCUCCUGGGUGAGAUCACUGGAUCGGGAUGCAUGGUCGGCACAGCCGUCGCGACGUUCUGCGCCGGGGCCAGCACGGCCGCAGCCGCCACACGCAGUGGGGAUGAGCCCGAAGACGCGAAGCUGGUGCGAGGAGACAUGCUCGUUGCUGCCGUCGGAGGUGUACUGGCCGUCACUAUCGCAUCGGAGCUUGCAGGGGUACGAUCGGACGUCAAGGGGAGCGGGACGUUCCUGCCUGCGUUCAUCGACGAGCUGGGGGCUCUGACCCCGGAGAAGCUGGCGCAGUAUGCCAAGGUCGAAGUCAUUUGAAGCGUCGGAGAUAGAAGUAUCACAACAUCACGAUCUGCGCCCCAUUCAGCUGCGCGUACAGCGAGUGGGUGUAAUAUACUAUGAAUACUGUCCUGUGAGUGUGUAGACGAACGCACCCUCAAUUGUAUCACGAAAGUUGUAGAAGCAUAGACAAUAUCAAACCUUCCUUCUCGCUCUUCUAGUGUACAUGUGCUUUACACCCACUUCUUUCCCGCAGCGCUGCCAAUCACCAGCACAGGAUCAAGCCCCAACGGAGACCACUGUGGGGUUCGGCGCGUCAAGGAUGUGCGGGAACGGCGUCUCCGGUGUCGGCUGCAGCCAGUUCUUCGCGUCGUAUUCCGCGUGCGGCGGCGACUCGAUCAUGUGGAAGGUGUAUGCGAAUCGUGUGUUCGGGCUUGUGUUGCGCUCAGACUUGUGCAGGACGCUGCCGUGGAUGAUAACCAGGUCGCCUGGCAUGCAGCACUCGAGGACGUACUUCCCUUCAGGGUUCUUCGGGGCAUCCUUGGGGGAGAGGAGUUGUUCGAACCCGGUUCCGCCGCCGGGCAUGCGCACGAAACGCUUUGUGAUAGGUGCCUUCAGAUGAGAGCCCGGGAGGAAAGACAGCGCGCCGUUCUCAGGCGUGCACUUCUCCAGGGGGAUCCAAAAUCCCACAGCGGAGGGAGGGUUGGUAUACAAGAACGUCGAAUCGUUAUGUUCCGGGACUUCUCCCCCGAUAUGGGGCUGCUUACAGAUCACCAUUGACUGCAGCGCGACGGGGUCAUGGUGAAACUGCAGAUCUUUGACGACGGCCUUCAUCUUCUCAUUUUCCAGAGUGACCGCCCUGAAGACAGCGUCUUGCUCGUGCAAGCCGUGUCCAAUCUUGUUCACGGCUCGCUCCUUGGGCCUGUUGAGCUUCCCGUCCUUAUCCACCGCAUCUUCCUCCAAGAAGAAGCGGAUCUUGUCUCCCGAAGUCAGGAAGUACUCGUCGCCGACGUGAUUGUCAUCGCUCGUCGUGAAUUUCGUUAGUGGGUGGUCCUCUAUGCUGAAUGUUUCCAGCAACUGCUUGGUCCGGGUGAGAAGCGCCUCAACUUCGUCUGAUUCGAGGAAGCUGCGCAGCCGGAGGUACCCGUUAGUGCGAAACUGGUUCACUUGCUCCUGAGUGAGGUAUCCGAGCUUUCCUUGAGUCAUGGCGGGCUUCGCGAAAUUUGAUUCUGGUCUCAAACUAGAGUUAUCGCAGUAUACAGACCUUUCCCAGAAGAUGGCAAUGUCUCAACUGGAAUC